UACAGUUGUUUUUAUUGAGUUUUGAUCAUGUCUUUGAUAACUAGAAAGACGCUAGCUUCGUGUCUAAGACUGACUUUUAUGAUAUUGUUUGUUUCCCUUACGAUUUCUGUUCUAAAGAAGAGUCAAGACGAAGCAGCGAUAAAAAGAGAACAAACUCUUCAAAUAGACGUCGCUUUCAUUGUCCACGGUUCGAAAAAUAUCACAAGUCCACCAAGGAAGAAAACUUUCAAAGAUGCUUUAGACUGGGUGAAGAAGAUCACAAAAGCUUUUGGCGAAAUUGGAGAUAAUAAAACAUUAGCUGGUCUUAUUUUAUACGCAGAGGAAGCAAAACUCAUGUUAAAUUUCACAGCAAACCAAACAAAAAGCGAUGUUAUGGAAGCAAUAGAGAAAGCGAGCUCUCCUCCCCCUCUUGGGAAUAAGACAAACACAGGGAAAGCUUUAAAGUUAUGCUUGGAAACUUUGGUAAAAGACACAAGAAAGGAUGCAGUUAAGAAAUUUUUUGUUUUCACAGACCGUCCACCUGAUGAUGACCCAAUGUCGCCUGCAGAUGCGAUAAAGGACAAGAAUAUUGAAGUGUAUGGGUUGGGUGGAAACACACCUCCAAGUAGUUGGUAUAUUCAUGAUUUUAGUUUAGACUCAAUGUACUCGAUGUUAAAAGAAGGACCAUUUAAAGGAGGAAUUCAAAAUUCCUCUGAAAAUGAAAUGUUGCAUCAUUCAGCAACAAGUCAAAGCAAUCUAAUAACGCCUCAAACUUUAGCCACAAUCAAAAAUGGUUUGUCAAAUGAUGAAAAUAAAUUAUCGAGUUUAGGAGGUUCUGCGAUGACUCCAGGAGAAUCUCAAGAAAUGAAUACAGAAAAUGCUGCACAAAACACGGAAAAUAUAGCAACAAAUUCUCCAACUUGAUAGCAAAUUCUAAGAAUAAAAGUUCAAAUCCUGGCAAAAAACCUGAAAACCAAGCAUCAAAUACUUUGAAAAUACACCCAAACUUCGGAAAUUUGACCAGAAAUCCAGGACAAGAAGCACCCAAACCUUCAGCAAUUUCAAAUGCUGCAAACUCUGAAGCAACACACGAAAUCUCGGGUUCAAUAAGCCAAGAAAAGACGGCUGAAGAAGGAGAUUCUACGAAGGAAAAUUAUGGAAAUGAUGCGAGUGUUAUUAUUACAGAAAAUAACAAAGACAGUAGCAAUUCCCUCGGAAGAUAUUCAACAAUCGAUAUUAAUCAUUCCGCUACUCAGUUCGGGACUGUGAUUGGAGGUUUACCAGUAAAUGGCAAAUCAAAGUUGGACGUUAUCAAACCAAGUAGAAAUGACACUGAAAACUUUAAUCUUCGCUCAGAACUUUCAACCAGAAAGACUAAACUAAGAAACAUUAGGAACUUCUUUCGAAAGAUCAGACACAAACCAUGACAUUUCAUUACUCAGAUAACGUGAAAUAAGCAAGUUUGCAGGUUGAGUGGAGGAACAGCGGGAUCCUCGCAACUUGAAUAUAAGUCAAAGGCGAUUAAUCUGGUACCCGUACAUAAACAAAUUCUGAAACUUGUAUGUAGGAUGUCAUUUGUUAUAUUAAAUAAAAACUUCAUAUUUUGCAUGCAUGCUGGAGAAUCUGUUUUUUUUACGCAUCAAGCAUUGACUAAGAGAUUACAAGAAGACGUCUAUUGAACAUGACAUAUGACAAUCGUUAUAUUAUCUCUCCAACUGUUUCCGUUGUUCAUUGGACAAAACAGAUGAUAAUUGCAACUGUUUGUAGUGUUGUAAUAUCUGAUGUAGUUGAAGUAAACGAGAAAGAUUUGGUUGACAGAGGAAUCAAUAUUAGCCCUUCAGAAUUUGAUAUUUUCUUACCGGUGGUCAGUCCAACGAAAGCCCCCAGCCUUAAACUCAAUACACAGAAAACAACGCAGAUUUUUCCAAGCGGUGAAAUGAAGAACGAGGUGCUUAAUAUGGAAAACGCUUUAAACAAGAUUAGCAGCUCAAUGAAGACAAGCAGUUUCACUCGAAAGAUAAAUUCUUCUCAGAAAGAGACAUCCGUAGAGGAAGGAGAUAAAUUCAAAAUGUUACAAAUGGUUUUAAAAUCAGGGAGCAAUAGUUUAACUAAGAUUAAUUCACCAACAAAAAAUCCAAAGGACAAAAAUAGUGAGACAAAGAAACCUCAAAUGCACCCAAAACACGUGAAUUACUAUAAUAAUUAUGAUGUCGACAAACCGGUGAAGAUUAGGAGAAUUCAGAAACAUGAACCAAUUCUUACAAAAGAAAAACAACAGAGUUUGAAUAAUACAUUGGCUAUGUACGGUUUGCAUUUGGAUGCACAGGGACAAAGUGUGAUAUUGCAUGAUACGCGGGAUAACUCGGGGUCUAUUAGCAGGGAAAUUCACAAACACAAAGAAGGAAUAAAAGAACAUGAGGCGAAAAAUAGGAAAAUGAGAACAGAAUUAAAAGGAAGGAUGGCUGAAACACAUUUGAAAAGGAAAAAUGUGGACACGAUAAAAUCGUUAUGGAGUAUAUUAAACAAUGUGUCGGAGAAAUGGAAAUAGAUUCAU